AUGGGCGAGUAUGGAGCGUCUCUGGAGGAGCUUCGCGCCCUCAUGGAGUACAGGGGCGCGGAAGCCAAGGAGAAGAUCGAUGCCGAUUAUGGUGGAAUAAACGGUUUAUGUGAGCGGCUAAAAACCGAUCCAAACAAUGGAAUCCCGAAUACGACCACUGAGUUGGAACGACGACGAGCAGUGUUUGGCGCCAAUGAAAUUCCACCUCAUCCACCUAAAUGCUUUUUGCAAUUGGUGUGGGAAGCAUUGCAGUUAUUUGGAAGCUUUUUUCCGCUCGCUACCUUUUUNUUUUCAGCAGCUGUCGACGACAGCGAACACGAAGCGGGUUGGAUUGAAGGUGUUGCAAUUUUGAUAUCAGUCAUCGUAGUAGUAUUGGUAACGGCUCUCAAUGACUAUACAAAGGAACGGCAAUUUAGAGGACUCCAAGCAAAAAUCGAAACUGAACAUAAGUUUGCCGUCAUUCGAGGAGGCCAUUCGAUUCAGGUUGUUGUCAACGAGCUGGUCGUUGGCGAUGUUGCUCAGAUUAAAUACGGUGAUCUGCUGCCUGCCGACGGCGUUCUGAUUCAAUCGAACGAUUUAAAAAUUGAUGAAUCAUCUCUCACGGGAGAGUCUGAUCUUAUUCGGAAAACCCCCGAACAUGAUCCGGUGAUCCUGUCUGGAACGCAUGUGAUGGAGGGUUCAGCAAAGAUGCUUGUAACGGCCGUUGGUGUGAAUUCACAGACGGGUAUCAUCAUGACGUUACUUGGAGCGGCUAAAUCAGUAGCUGAAGAAGAACGGAAAGCAGCUAAACGAGAGGGUAAGUGCAAUGAGCUCACUACAGCAUCUUACGAGACGGACGAAGGCACCGCCCAAGCGUUACUGGAUGGUUUGGCCAAUGGGAAAGUGGUUGCCGAGGAGAAUGGCAAAAAGGAACGCUCUGUAUUGCAAGCCAAGCUGACACGGCUGGCGAUUCAGAUUGGUUACGCAGGAUCCUUUGUUGCUGGCUGCACAGUAUUGAUCCUUGUAAUCCGAUUCUGUAUCUCGCGAUACGCCAUUGAAGAAAAGUCGUUCUCGUUGGCCGACUUCCAACAUUUCAUCAACUUUCUUAUUAUCGGUGUUACGGUACUUGUAGUUGCUGUACCUGAAGGAUUGCCGCUGGCUGUGACGCUAUCACUUGCGUAUUCUGUCAAAAAGAUGAUGCUGGACAACAACUUGGUACGUCACUUGGACGCAUGUGAGACUAUGGGUAACGCCACCUCGAUUUGCUCGGAUAAGACCGGAACUCUGACCACAAAUCGAAUGACUGUCGUACAAUCAUACAUCAACGAAGUUCACUAUAAGGAAGUGCCGAAGAUGGAAAAUCUUAACAAGGAGACGUUGGAGUUGCUGUUGAACUGCAUCUCCAUCAACAGCAGUUAUUCAUCCCAGGUGAUACCAGCUAAGCAAAUGGGAGAGCAAGCAACUCAACUAGGUAACAAGACGGAGUGUGGUCUGCUAGGUUUCGUUCUAGCGCUGGGCGCCAGUUACCAGGACAUCCGUGACAAGAACCCAGAAGAGUCCAUCCCCAAGGUGUAUACCUUCAACUCAGUACGUAAAAGUAUGUCGACGGUUAUCAAUCGACCUGGUGGCGGCUUCCGAGUGUUCAGCAAAGGAGCAUCGGAAAUCAUAACAAAGAAGUGCAAGUGGUUCCUGGGCAAGAAUGGUCAACUUGUCAAAUUCACAGCCAAAGAUGCCGAAGCUCUAGUACGUAAUGUCAUCGAACCCAUGGCAUCAGAUGGUUUACGUACCAUUUGCCUUGCCUACAAGGACUAUGUNAACCAGAUUGCUUACACGGGCCAGAUUGACUGGGAUAAUGAGGAUGGUGUGCUUAGCGAUUUGACAGCCAUUGCUAUUAUGGGAAUUCAAGAUCCUGUCCGUCCAGAAGUACCAGCCGCCAUUACGAAGUGUCAAGAAGCUGGCAUCACCGUCCGUAUGGUCACUGGUGACAACAUCAACACAGCGCGUUCCAUUGCAACGGCAUGCGGUAUUCUAAAGCCCGGAGAGGAUUUCAUUGCUCUCGAAGGCAAGGAAUUCAAUGCGAGAAUACGCGACGAGAAUGGGGAAGUCUCACAGGAGAAGUUGGAUCAGAUCUGGCCGAAAUUGCGAGUUUUGGCUCGUGCUCAGCCUUCCGACAAGUACACUCUCGUGAAGGGCAUUAUCGAUUCUCGUGUAACGGAUUCACGUGAGGUAGUCGCGGUAACCGGAGACGGAACAAAUGAUGGACCUGCUUUGAAGAAAGCCGAUGUCGGAUUUGCCAUGGGUAUCGCUGGUACCGAUGUAGCGAAGGAAGCAUCUGAUAUCAUUCUUACCGAUGACAACUUCACAUCUAUUGUAAAAGCUGUGAUGUGGGGUCGUAAUGUAUAUGAUUCGAUCGCCAAAUUCUUACAAUUUCAACUUACUGUAAACGUGGUUGCCGUUGUAGUAGCGUUCGUAGGUGCUUGCGCCAUUCAGGAUACUCCCUUGAAGGCCGUACAAAUGUUAUGGGUGAAUCUCAUUAUGGAUACUCUAGCCUCAUUGGCUUUAGCGACGGAAAUGCCUACGGAAGAAUUGUUGAAAAGGAAACCCUAUGGCCGAACCAGCCCCCUGAUUUCUCGCACGAUGAGCAAGAACAUUCUUGGACAUGCUGUAUAUCAACUGGUUGUGCUGUUCGUUCUGAUUUUCUACGGCGAGAAACUUUUCGAUAUCCCAUCUGGUCGUUGGGCUCCUCUUCAUUCACCGCCGUCUGUUCAUUUCACUAUUGUGUUCAAUACAUUCGUGCUUAUGACACUGUUUAACGAGAUAAAUGCUAGAAAGAUUCAUGGGGAGCGGAACGUGUUUUCGGGUUUGUUCUCGAAUCCGAUCUACUACAUCAUUUGGAUUAGUACUUUCGUCUCACAAAUCCUUAUCGUUCAAUUUGGUGGUCGAUGGUUCAGUACUGCUGCGUUGAACAUCGAACAAUGGCUGUGGUGCUUGGCGUUGGGUGUCGGCACCUUGCUCUGGGGACAGCUGGUCACCUCCAUUCCGACUGGCAGCCUUCCAGAGAACAUGACAAUCGGUUCUGGAGAAGCGCCAGCUAAUGACCCACUAAUGCCCGAUUAUGAAGAUCCCGAUACGCAUGAGAAGCGUUCCGGGCAAAUUCUGUGGGUGCGCGGCUUGACACGACUUCAGACGCAGGUACGUCCUUUGACCAAGAGUCAACCAUUGGUUCUAUUUUCAAUGUUUUUUCAUGUUUCUCAUGAGUUAAGGUCAGAUGCUCUCCUCUUCUAUCUCAGUGCUUGCUGCUCGAGUCCAUAG